AGUGACGGAGGGGCUGUAAUUUGAGAGGAGGGGUAUUAUUAGCCUGAAGAGAAGAGACGUCCAGAUGUUGCGUUCGCGGCGCGGAGCUACAAUCAGAUCCCAGCGUGUCUCCCCGGGCGGGGAUGAAGCGGCCGGCUCGGUUAACGGGAACAAGUCACCCUGUUUAGGAAAAGAAGGAAAAUACUUUUUGGUUGUAAUUUCCAUUCUUUCUUUUUUUUUUUUUUACAAUUCGGACGAAGAGGAUAUUGACGUUUAAAGCGCGUCGGGGAUCAAACGGGUCACCUUUUUUUUGCCGUCGGUACAGCCGGAGGUGGUUGGGGGACAAAGCGGCACCAUGGCCCCGCUCCGCUGGCUCCUGUGCGCCGGCGUGCUCUCGCUGGCCCCGUGCGCAGCCUUCUUCCGCGGACCUCUCCAGCCGGAGAUGUCCAACGGCACCUUCCACCACUACUUCGUGCCGGACGGCGACUACGAGGACAACGACGACCCGGAGAAGUGCCAGAUGCUCUUCAAGAUGACCGACGAGCGAAAGUGCGUCCUGGACGAGGACCGCGACGAGGUGAUCCGGGACGACUUCUCCAUCCUCAGGAGGCACGUCGAGGACGCGGCCCGCGUGCUGGAGGGCAUCGGGAGGAGCAUCUCCUACGACCUGGACGGGGAGGACAGCUACGGGCGGUACCUGCGCCGGGAGACCACGCAGAUCGGCGAGGCCUUCGCCAACUCGGAGAAGUCGCUGCUGGAGCUGGAGGUGAAGUUCCGCCAGAGCCAGGAGAGCGAGCUGAAGGAGGAGCACCGGCUCAACGACGACUUCCUCAGCAUGGUGGUGCACACGCGGGACGCCCUGGGGGACACGCUGGACGUCUCCGCGGGACUGAGGGACAAGCACGAGCUGCUGUCCCUGGUCAUCCGCAGCCACGGCACCCGGCUGAGCAGACUGAAGAACGAGUACAUGAAGCUGUGAGGGAGAGGAGUGGAUGGAGAAGAAGAAGAAGAAGAAGAAGAAGAAGAAGUCGCAUCAGGGAUGGAAACACACGUUUAAAGGGCCAGUUCAGCUGAAAUACCGAUAAAGCAUCCAGUUCUUUGAUUUGAAAAAAAAUAACUAGUCCAAACAUCUUACAUUUUACUUCACUGGUAUUUAGUUCUUGCUUUUCUCUCAUCUUUGCUUUGUUUUUUUGUUUUUUUUCUCUGUCAAACAAUCGGAGCACGGUGGCGUGUUUUAGGCGUGUAACCUCAGAUAACCUUUGGCUUAAUAUGUCCAGGUCAUGUGCAAAAAGUGGAAAGAAGGCAGCUUCCCCAAGGGCCCCCUCCCCAAAAAAGCCCCCUAUAUUCACUGCUCUUGAACUGUGUUCUGGUAAUCUGGUGAUUUACUACUUGGUUCUGGCAUUAUAACCUGGGCGCCCCGCCGUGUUUCGCAGAAGUCUUAUGCAACAGAAUCUGUUGCAUACCUUUUAUCGCUGUAGUCGGUUUUAUACUCAUGAGGUCAACAGAAGACCAAAAAAAAAAUGGAUGAAAACUCCAUAAAUGUUCUUGGACGGAUUAAUGGCUUUCAUUUCUGUAAGGGAUACUAUUAAAAAAAAAAACCUGGCUUUAUAAAACCAGAACGACCUCUGUAUGAACUGCUAAUGGUGAGAAUUGAGUUGAUGGUAAUCUAAAGGAAGCCUUCCAGCCAGCAGAUCAUCAGGGCGAGAACAGGGGCCUUUCUCCACAACCCGUUCAGUCCUCUGUGACCGAACGCGCCGAGUGACGAGGGACCUCUGGGGACACUUUGGACACAUUUGCACCGCCGGUGUGUCGGCGUCCGUGUUCAGCGGUGAGAGAAUACGUGUUGGUGGUUUAUUUUCCGGGCCGCAAAAGUAGGACGAAUGAGUUUCGCGUCGCAUUGAGGGUCGGUUUUGUGUGGUAACCGUGACGACGUUUCAGAGAAUAUCCAAGAGUGUUUACAUGUGGACACCGAUGGUAUUUCCUUUUGUCUGCUUCAUCCGCCAGCAGGACAAUUCUUUACGGCGCUAAAGGUUGUUUGACGUGUUUACUCGAUUCCGCACAGGAAGUAUAAUCUUUAAAAAUGUACAGUGUGAUAUAAGAAGUAAGCAAAUACUGUGAGUGCCAAUAUCUUUAUAAAAAAAACACAUAUAUAUAUAAAAAUAUAUAUUCAUUGUUUAUGUAAAGUUAUGAAAUAGAGCCGCAUAUAUACAUUCAACUUUUUUUUAAAGAUAUGCGGCGAGAUGUAAAAUCUUUGACGGAUAAGACUGCAGGCAGCACUCGCCGGGUUGUGUUUUGUCUUCUUAAAUAAACAGUUUGUGUUUGAAGAAUA